UGUCUGGGAUAGAGAUGUCAGAGCAGCAGCAGCAGGGAAUGUCGGGGGUCUCCAGCGCUGCACAUCCCCAGCAUCUGUCUGUAUGAGCGCAGCCCAGAGCCCACCAUGAGCCGGCACUAGCCAUGCUGCCACCAUUAUUCCUGGAUGUAAGAGAAUACACUGACUAGGGGAGGAGACAGACAUCACCAUGGCCCAGAGCAAGAGGUACACUUACAGCCGGACCCCCAGCGCUAACGCCAGGAUGAGCGUGGAGGCCACAGGAAAGCCCUUGAAGGUGGGCUCCCGAGUCGAGGUGAUCGGGAAGGGCCACCGAGGAACCGUAGCAUUUGUGGGAGCUACGCUGUUUGCCACGGGAAAGUGGGUGGGCGUUAUUCUGGACGACCCCAAGGGCAAGAACGACGGCACGGUGCAGGGCAGGAGGUACUUUACCUGCGAGGAGAACCAUGGGAUAUUUGUGCGUCAGUCGCAGAUCCAGGUAGUGGAUGACGGAGCAGAUACCACGUCUCCAGAAACCCCAGAGCCGACUGCCACAAAGAUCCUCAAGAGAGACAUUGGCGACACUCCGAAAGCCAGUAAGCUGGACGCGUCCGACUCACCUGACUAUAUGCAGGACAUUGUAGAGAGGGCUGAGGCGCUGUCCUCUGUCAGGGACCAGACACCAGAGAGACCAGGAAAGGAAGAGGAGUGUAAGCUGAGCGAGGCCUGUCCUUCCUCCCUGUCACACAAGAUCACCACCCGUCGCACAAAGCCCACUCGUCCAUCCAGCUCUGCAGCCUCCAGCGGCACAGCCGGGGCCUCGGGAUCCGCAUCGGCAUCAUGCGGAGAGAUCAGCAGCAGCGAGCCCAGUACUCCAGCCCAGACCCCGCUGGCAGCUCCCAUCAUUCCUUCACCCUCACUGACCUCGCCAGUGGCCCCGCUGCCUGCCCCGGGGCCCACCAAGGAGGAGGAGAACCUGCGGGCUCAGGUCAAAGAUCUGGAGGAGAAGCUGGAGACGCUGAAGAUGAAGAGGGCGGAGGACAAGGCAAAGCUGAAGGAGCUGGAGAAAUCCAAGCUUCAGCUGGAGCAGUUACAGGAGUGGAAGAGCAAAAUCCAGGAGCAGCAGACGGACCUCCAGCGCCAGCUUAAGGAGGCCAAGAAGGACGCCAAGGAUGCUCUGGAAGCACAGGAGCGUUAUAUGGAGGAGAUGGCGGAUACGGCUGAUGCUAUUGAGAUGGCCACCCUGGAUAAGGAGAUGGCUGAGGAGAGAGCAGAGUCCUUACAACAAGAAGUCGAAACCCUGAAGGAAAAGGUGGAAGAGCUGAGCAUGGACCUGGAGAUCCUUAAACACGAGAUUGAAGAGAAAGGGUCAGAUGGGGCUGCGUCCAGUUACCAGGUGAAGCAGCUGGAGGAACAGAAUGCCAGACUGAAGGAAGCCCUGGUCAGGAUGCGGGACCUGUCGUCCUCGGAAAAGCAGGAGCAUGUCCGGGUGCAGAAGCAGCUGGAAAAGAAGAACGCAGAGCUGGACACCUUGCGGCAGCAGAAGGAGAAGCUGCAGGAGGAGGCGUCACAGAUUGAGAAGACCAUUGAUGAGCUGAAGGACCAGGUUGAUGCCGCACUGGGCGCUGAGGAGAUGGUAGAAACACUUACCGAGAGGAACCUGGACCUAGAGGAGAAAGUCCGAGAACUGCGUGAGACAGUCAGUGACCUGGAAGCCAUCAAUGAGAUGAACGAUGAGCUGCAGGAGAACUCCCGCGAGACAGAGCUUGAGUUACGCGAGCAUCUUGACAUGGCAGGUGCCCGGGUGCGAGAGGCGGAGAAACGCGUGGAAGCCGCCCAGGAGACGGUGGCAGACUACCAGCAGACCAUCAAGAAGUACCGUGAUCUGACUGCUCACCUCCAGGAAGUGAACCGAGAGCUCCGGAACCAACAGGAGGCCACGGUGGAGAAAGAGCAGCAGCCAUCGCCAGAGAUCUUUGACUUCAAAAUCAAGUUUGCUGAAACGAAGGCCCACGCUAAGGCCAUCGAGAUGGAACUGCGUAAGAUGGAGGUGACCCAAGCCAAUCGCCAUGUGUCCCUGCUGACAUCUUUCAUGCCUGACAGCUUCUUGCGCCACGGGGGAGACCACGACUGUAUCCUGGUGUUACUGCUCAUCCCCAGACUUAUCUGCAAGGCGGAGCUGAUCAGCAAACAGGCGCAGGAGAAGUUUGAGCUGUCGGAGGCCAGUGAGGAGAAGAACGGCAUGAGAGGGGCGGUGGGAGAGCAGAUGAGCUUUGCGGGAGGUCUGGUGUACUCCCUGAGCCUCCUGCAGACCACGCUGCACAAAUACGAGCAGGCUCUCGGUAAAUGCAGCGUGGAAGUGUACAAGAAGGUCGGGAUGCUAUACCCAGAGAUGAGCGUCCACGAGCGGUCUCUAGACUUCCUUAUUGAGUUAUUGCACAAAGACCAGCUGGAUGAGACUGUGAACGUGGAACCUCUCACCAAGGCCAUCAAGUAUUAUCAGCACUUGUACAGCAUCCACCUGGCCGACCAGCCCGAGGACUGCACAAUGCAGCUGUUCGACCACAUCAAGUUUACACAGAGCGCCCUGGACUGUAUGGGGGUGGAAGUGAGCAGACUGCGGGCGUUCUUACAUCCUGGGCAGGAGGCCUCGGACUUGGUCAUCCUACUGAAGGACUUGGACACCUCGUGCAGUGACAUCCGUCAGUUCUGUAAGAAGAUCAGACGCCGAAUGCCGGGCACAGAGGCAGCCGGGAUACCAGCGGCCCUCAGCUUUGGCCCACAGGUUUCCGAGAUGUUGUUGGACUGCCGGAAGCACCUGAAGUGGGUUGUGGCGGUAUUCCAGGAGGUGGCUGCCGCUGGUGCCCAGAUGAUCGCUCCUCUUGGCGAGAACGAAGGUCUGCAGGCUUUGAAGCUGGAGAACGUGGCUUUCAAGGCUUCAGAGCAGAUCUACGGCUCAAAGGGCAUCAAUCCGUACGAGUGCCUCAGACAGUCCUGCAGCAUCCUGAUUGCCACCAUGAACAAGAUGGCCACUGCCAUGCAGGAAGGGGAGUACGAUGCCGAGAAGGCCCCCAGCAAGUUCCCACCUCCCGUAGAGCAGAGGGCGGCAGCCCUGCGAGCCGAGAUCACAGACGCCGAGGGAUUGGGUCUGAAGUUGGAGGACAGAGAGACGGUCAUCAAGGAGCUGAAAAAAUCCCUGAAAAUCAAGGGCGAAGAGCUGAGUGAGGCCAAUGUCCGCCUUAGUCUUUUGGAGAAGAAGUUGGACAGCGCCUCCAAAGAAGCAGAUGAACGAGUGGAAAAGAUCCAGACAAAGCUGGAGGAAACGCAGACCCUGCUGAAGAAGAAGGAGAAGGAGUUUGAGGAGACCAUGGACGCCCUGCAGGCGGAUAUUGAUCAGCUGGAGUCAGAGAAGGCUGAUCUCCGACAGAGGCUAAGCAACCAGUCCAAGCGCACCAUCGAGGGGCUGCGCGGGGGUCCUGCGUCUAUCGUGUCCGGCAUUGCAGGAGAGGAGGAGCAGAGAGGAUUGUCAUCCAGCCAGUCCAUGCUGAACGGAUCCGGGCCAGUGCAAGUGAAAGAUUCCCCAUUGCUGCUCCAGCAGAUCGAAGCCCUGCGCCUCUCCGUAAAGCACCUGAAGCAUGAGAACAACCGGUUAAAGGCGCACCAGAUGAAGGAGGACCUGUCUGCACUUCCCCCACUGUGUGUCCCUAAACUGACCCUGACUAAAGAGCGUCAGGAAGUCCUGUCCGGGACUCUGUACCGCAAGACCAGCCAGCUGCUGGACACCCUGCAGCAAAUGAGCGCCAACGCCAAAGUGGUGGACAUCACACACAAGAAAGGGGGAAAUCCAGCAGGACAGCUCCUGGAGCAGACCGCCCGCCUCAAGUCUCUGAGUGACACUAUCGACAAGCUUAAGGAUGAAGUCCUGAAGGAGACGGUGUCACAGUGCCCCGGGGCAAACGUCCCAACAGACUUUGCCACGUUCCCAUCCUCAGACUUUGUAAAGGCCAAAGAGGAGAAGAGAGAAGACACUGUGUACAUCGGUAAAGUGACGCUUCCCUGUCAGCCGGGCCAGGGCCAGAUCCACCGACUCGUGUUAUCCCCGGAGCAGCUGUACGAGCUGCACGGCCGCCUGAUUGGUUAAAGAGACAGUAUCUACCCUGGAGGGGUCUCGGUGUAUGGCUGGCUUCUCUGCGGCCUAUCAACACCGUAACACACUAUAUAUAUCGGUUCUUUGCCUUGUAUGCUCCGGGAUACUCCUUUAUAAGUGCUAUUUAUUAAGCCCCCAAAGCGAUCAUGGCUGUUCCACGGAUUCUCAUCAGAAACGGCCUAGUAAUCACCUGAUCAGGAGAAGCGGAACGUACGGAGUAACCAUACUCGGGAAAGUGACACUAAUUACAUUGUCUCCUCCUCUCACGCUGUGACUGAUGGUGACACCUACAGGGGCGGCGCAGUGUUUCGCUGCUGGCGGGUAGCGGUGUAUUGCCGGAUCAGGUCCUGUGUGAUAACGUCUGAUUAGUCACAUAUAUACGCUUAUAUUACAGCUUGGGAAGUGUUCCGUGUCCUGAAAUGCUGACCUAUGGUUAUAAAUAUAAUUCCAUGUUCUCUC